UGGGGCAUCUAGGUGAGCCAGGCUGGGGUGCAGGGCUCCAAGAUGCCCCACUGACCAUGGUCCUUUCAAUAAUUUCCCAGUCUGUGAUGGAGGAACAAAAGGGUGUCCAGGGGACUCAACCUCAGGUGGGUCCUUGUGCUUACCUUCCUAACCCAGCGUCCUGGCAGUCAGCUCCAGCCUGGGCAGGGGGAUCCUGGGGGCCUGACAGGCGAGGGGCCAGGGUUAAAAAAGGAACAGGGAGUCCCUUGGUGUGGAUAGGAGCUUCGAGGACAUUCAUCCCUCAUGAACAUACCUGCUAGGGUGGUGGUGGGGGUCCUGGGUGCCGUCAGCACUGCUGACCGCACCCCUUCCCCAAAGUGGGGAGAGCCUGACCCUCUGGGGAUUGGAGAAAGACACCUCACUCCCCCCAGCCCACCCCAUCUCCCUUCACAUCACUGGCCCAAUUAUGCUCACAUCCACAGGCACACACAUGCUGGGUAAAGAGCUUUCCAGUGUUGCUUUCUCUCCCAGCUACACCAAGAGGCAGCAAAAUCAGCUCCACUUGCCAGGAGAAUGAAUUGAGGGGCUGAGGCUCAGGCCACAGCCUGGAGUCAGAGCCUCAGGAGCUGCUGGGGAAGCCUGAAGUGUCCCCACCAGGCUGGUGCGGGGCAGAGUGGGAGAGCUGUGGCUUCCCAAAGACCUGUUGGUGGAGUAAUCCCCCAAAGGAGGGCCUUUUCCCAGGUGUGCAGGGCGGCGUGGGGGGGGGUGGGGGAGACACCUAUACAAGAGAGCCUAUGGUCUUUGGGAGGUCCCAGGCCCACAACAGAAGGGAAAUACACCCUCCCCACCCCAGCCUCAAAAGUCAAGGGCGCUGGGAUUCAAAGUGCCCUCCCCUUUCAUUUCCAUCCUUACUUGGUGGCCUUGGCAUGUCACUCCUGGCCCCCAGCCUGUUUCCUCCUCUUUAAGUGGGCAUAAUAGCGCCUCCCCCCAAUUAAUUGGGGGAGUCUGUUUAAAGUGUUUUGCUCCGGUAAAUGCCAGCGAUUGUUGCUGGAACACAGCCGCGGCCCUGGGAUCAGAGCAUGUGCCUGGUGAUCUCAGACCUCUGUCUUCUCUGCUGGUGGCCCUGCCUGGACACCGCCCCCUCUGACCCUCUCUGCAGUGGCCUGCCAGAGAGCCCACAAGACUUAGCCACGCCCCUAAGCCCACCCCACUAAUAAACAGCUGCCUAGCCUGCCCCACAGUUCUCUGGCACUUUCCAGUCCUCUGGAGUCACAGUGGCUGCUGCACCAUGCGGUCUCCAGGCUUUGCACUCGCCUUCCUCACCGUGCCACUGGUGGUGCGCGGGGACUCAGAGGGUGAGCACCUGGACCCUGCCCAUCUCGAAUUCUACCCUUCUCGAAUCUACCCUCCCUUGCAGCUCCCCCUUCUCCCUGUAAAGCUCUGCCACUGGGGGGUUUCUUUGGGGGAGGAGAUGUUGGGGUCUUAGGAGAGGAGGAGCCCCAUUCUUGUAUGGAGCUCAGAGAGAGCCCAGAUUGCUGUCCCUCAUCUCAGUUCCCUGUCCACUGUCCGCAGGCACCUGGUGCUACGACUCCCAGGACCCAAAGUGUGGUGAGGACAGAGUGUCAUGUGAGGCUAUAUGGUAUCAGUCUUUGUCCUGUGGCCACUAGACAGUCUGAUGCUAGCAUGAACCAAAAGCAGUGUGCAUGCCAAGCUUCUCUGGUUUCUGCAGGUUUGUGUCUGGAGUCCUGGGCCACAAUGGCUGUCUGGGUACCAGGCAGCAUGCGUGUGACGCACCCCCCCAUGCCUGUGUGUCUGUGUUUGUUGCUGGUGUGAUCUCCAGUCCUGGCAUGUGUGCCAAGCUGUUCAUAUAAGUGGGGACUGUAAGGCUGUCAGCAUGGUCAGCCCAUGUGUGAGCAAGUGAUACAUGUCCCCAGUGUGGGUGUGUGACUGUCGUGCCAGGAGACCCUUCCAUCCCCAUUCCCUGUGGGGCAUUCUAGCUGCAGGUGACUGUGUGUCAGAGUAUGGCCCAGACCAGGUGGUGCCUACCUACGUGAGAGUGUUACAAACAUUAUGGCCAGGCUAGGUCGGGGUACGUGUGGCAGUUGUGACCUGUCCAGGUGUGUGGGUGAGCAGGAAGGAGCUUCCUGAGGCUGGGCGAUUCUCUAGGCCCCACCCACUGGAAGGAGAUGGCCCCUGCCUGUGGGGGCCCAGCCCAGUCCCCCAUCAACAUUGACCUUCACUUGGUUCAGCGGGACCCCACCCUGGGACCCUUCAUCUUACAGGGCUACAACACAGCACCUCCAGGCCCGUGGACCCUGGAGAAUGAUGGCCAUACAGUGCUGCUCCACAUAGACGCUGGCCCACAGAGCCACCUGGAGAUUCGGGGCGCCGGGCUGCCACUGCCUGCCUACCGCGCACUGCAGCUGCACUUCCACUGGGGGGGCCCUGGUCGAGCAGGUUCAGAGCACAGCCUGGAUGGGCAGCGCCGCCCCAUGGAGAUGCACGUGGUCCACAUGAACACGAGGUACCAGAGCAUGGGGGAAGCUCGAGGUCACCCCGAUGGGCUGGCUGUGCUGGCGGUGCUGUUAGUGGAGCAGGACACUGACAACGCCAACUUCUCCGUCCUGGUAUCCAGCCUGAAGAACGUGUCUGAGCGCGGAGUCUCUGUGAAUCUGGCCUCCACCUUCCCGCUGUCCUCGCUGCUGCCGGGCGCCUCAGGCCUCUCGCGCUACUACCGCUACUCGGGGUCGCUAACCACGCCUGGCUGCCAGCCUGCGGUUGUCUGGACUGUCUUCGAGGACGCGGUACCCAUCGGGCGCUCACAGGUGGGGCCCCCACCCUUUCCACUGGGCAGCUCUGCCCUCUUCCCUCCCUCCCGCAGCCCCGGCCCACGUCUUAACCUGUCUCUGCUCCGAGCCCUCAGGUGGCCCAGUUCCAGACCAUGCUCCAGGCUGGGCUCCCCGGCUCUCACCCUGCACCACUCACCGAGAACUUCCGCCCGCAGCAGCCUCUCGGGGGUCGCAGGAUCUCGGCCUCUCCAGGUGCCUCCAUCCACGCAGCAGCCUCGGCGCCCGCCCCAACCCUAGCCCGUGUGCACGCGGCUCUGCUGGGCCUGUGGCUCUGGCAGAGCCCCUAGGAACCAGAUUCGACCCCUUCCCGCAAUAAACGAUACACAGAGUGACCUUGGCCUCACAUAUUUUGCGGGGGUGGGGUGGGAAUACACUACCUCUCCCACGGAGGCGAGAUUCCUGCCUGAAUUCCACUGAGGCCUCAGUGUGCCUGCCAUACAACAGGGGACCCCUGAGCGACCCUCCCCCACCCCAUCACAGCCAGUCCCAUACCUGUAUCCAGAACACACACACCUCCCCAGAUCCCUCUGAUCCCCCAUUUCCAAGGAGAAAAACUAGCAGGUCUUGGAAACGCCACCUGUU